AAAUCAGCUGAUCGUGGCGGUGGGAGGCGGGCUCAAAUACGAGUGGACGCCAUCUUGCAGGCUCGGAUGAGAAGAAGCCUCAUUCGUGCUCUCGGCUACCAUUUGAGAAAGCUUAAAAAAGGAAAAACACAAAAAGACGAUUUAUUUCGCUAAUCUGAGGGUUCAUAUAAAUCCGAAGAAGACGACACAGCGGCUUGGACCUCCCCGAGAUGACCAGCCAUCUUAGCCCUUCUGGAGUUUGGAUUUCGGACAACUGAGUUUGGAUUUCAGACAACUGUUGUGAACCUCCAACCUCACCCAAACUGAACUGCUCAAGCGGCCACUUAUUCCAAGAGUAAUCUGUUGAAAAACACUGAAAAGAAGUUAUCGCUUCAUGUCCCAGAAACGGCAAUAUAGUGUAGCUAGUGGCAGGGAUAAAUAUUUGGACGCAUUGUACAGUAAACACAGCCCCGAGUGGGUAGGACUACUUUCAUUUGUGAGUGUUUCCAGCUGAGUGGAUUCACUCCUCACUUGUGGUUCAUCUUUAUUGGACUGAAAAGCUAAAGAGGAAACAUGAGCACUGCCAGGACAGAGAACCCGGUUAUCUUGGGCUUGUCGAAUCAGAACGGGCAGCUCCGAGGCUCGGUGAGGCCGGCCGGAGCGCCGGGUGGAGGCGGAGGAGGCCCCCACCAGCCACUCAACCAGAUGAAAGGCACAAUCAACAAUGGCAAUGCCCAGACAGCCCCCACGACUAACGCUGUCAUCAAGCCUGGAGAUGACUGGAAGAAAAAUUUAAAGUUACCCCCAAAGGACAUGAGGAUGAGAACUUCGGAUGUGACUGCGACAAAGGGCAACGAGUUUGAAGAUUACUGCCUCAAGAGGGAACUGCUUAUGGGCAUCUUUGAGAUGGGCUGGGAAAAGCCGUCUCCCAUUCAGGAGGAAAGCAUUCCCAUCGCGUUGUCAGGCAGGGAUAUCUUGGCCAGGGCCAAGAACGGCACAGGGAAGAGCGGAGCCUACCUCAUUCCCUUACUUGAACGCAUCGACCUGAAGAGGGACUACAUACAAGCGCUGGUGGUCGUGCCCACCAGAGAACUGGCUCUGCAAGUAAGCCAAAUAUGCAUCCAGGUCAGCAAACACAUGGGAGGAGUGAAGGUGAUGGCGACCACAGGUGGAACCAACCUACGCGAUGACAUCAUGAGACUGGAUGAAACUGUUCAUGUGGUCAUCGCAACCCCAGGGAGGAUUUUAGACCUCAUCAAGAAAGGAGUGGCCAAAGUCAGUCAAGUGCAGAUGAUUGUUCUCGAUGAGGCUGACAAACUCCUGUCUCAGGACUUUGUGGUCAUGAUGGAAGAGAUUCUGGGCUUCCUUUCCAAACAGAGACAGAUUUUGCUUUACUCUGCUACGUUCCCGCUCAGUGUGCAGAAGUUCAUGAACUCGUACCUGCAGAAGCCCUACGAGAUCAACCUCAUGGAGGAGCUCACGCUGAAGGGUGUGACUCAGUAUUAUGCUUACGUCACGGAAAGGCAGAAAGUGCAUUGCCUCAACACUUUGUUCUCCAGGCUCCAGAUCAACCAGUCUAUAAUCUUCUGCAACUCCUCUCAGAGAGUUGAGCUCCUUGCCAAGAAGAUCUCCCAGCUUGGUUAUUCGUGUUUCUACAUUCAUGCCAAGAUGAGACAGGAACAUCGCAAUCGCGUGUUCCACGACUUCCGGAACGGUCUGUGUCGAAAUCUCGUCUGCACCGACCUCUUCACAAGAGGAAUAGACAUUCAAGCUGUGAAUGUUGUGAUCAAUUUUGACUUCCCGAAGCUGGGAGAGACGUACCUCCAUCGCAUUGGCAGAUCUGGCCGCUUCGGACACUUGGGUCUGGCCAUCAACCUGAUCACGUACGACGAUCGCUUCAACCUGAAAGGCAUCGAAGAGCAGCUGGGAACGGAGAUCAAGCCCAUACCGGGGAUCAUUGACAAGAGCUUGUAUGUGGCCGAGUACCACAGCGAGAGCGGCGAAGAAGUGAAGCCAUGAGCCAAUGAGCCCAUCCUCCAUUCCCCUUUGGACCCCACCACCCCAGCCUGGAUUUUUUUUUCUUUCUUUUUUCUUUUUCUUAAAUCAUCAGGAAUGUGAAAGUUGCGUUUUGGAAGAACUCUUCCCCUUUUCACAGGGCUCAAUGCUGCACCGCCUGCACUGAAGACACCCCCACGGGACCGAAAACCUGGCGCGCAGAUCUAACGUGAAGCCAGCCCCUCGCAAUCCCCCUGCCCCUCCAAAAAAAGAAGCCCCACCUUCAUUUCUGUUCUUGUUUUGGACCCAUUUUGUAUGAAGUGCCUUAAGAAGCAGUCCAACUCGUUGUGAAGUAAUAACCCUCGUCGUCAUGGAGCAUAACCACUUUUUUCAUUUCUGUCAGGUCCUGCCGCGCUUUCAGUCUGGCUUCACAUUGCAGGACAAACAUGGAUCCACGCAGCCCCGCGCCCCCAGUGGACAAAUAUGCUGGAGUUUUUUUUUUUUUUGUAACUGAAGGAAAGCCAGACUAUCCAUGAUUUUUUUUUCCAGUUGCUUCAAGAAGAACCCGACACUUUCCUGUCUUCAGCAGCAGAGUAAAAUUCAAAUGAUGGUGCAGCCAAUCAACAGCUAGAGUCAUGAGGAUUCCUCAAAAAGUGGACAUAUAUAUUUUUUUUCUUCCCAGUUCCCCACCCUGCUCACCUUCCUAUGGAUGGCCGUACUUAACUCUGUGAGCCUGUGUAUAUACCUUAAUUUUAAGAUUGUUUUAAGGCAGUUGACAAGAAGUCUGGCUGCAACACAAUAUGCCAACCCUUGCCACACACACACGCAAACUUGUUGGCACUGGAGAGACUGUUUUACUGCCUAUUGGCCUGUGAGUUUAUUUAUAAUUUUAGAAAAAGCAGAAUGAUUGAGAAUCAAAACAAAACCCUAGUGCAUGAAGUGGCAUCAAGUGUCAUAAUUGAAAAUUGCACUUAAAUUGAAGUCGUGCCAGUUUCGACGCCACCAUCCGACCGCAUUGUCCGACGCGCUGCGGAUUUGCUUUGCCCAUUCUUUGCCCCCCCCCCCCCCUUCACCUGUUACAACGAAGACGACAGCGGCCAAUUUUGAUUUCAAGCAGAAUGUCGUGUGGAAAAGCAUCAGUGAUGGACACAUCCUACCUGGGAUGAAAUGUAGCAGGAAUUCACUCUCGCCACGACGACACGGAGGAGAAAAGAAAAGCAACGCAGGUUGGCACUUGACAACGCACAGAGUUGAGUUUAGGCAAUAACAUGGACGGCUUUUUGGAUCCGCCACGCCAACAUGAACAUGUUGCUCUUGAAGAUUCCUUAUAAUCCAAAAAAAAAAAAAAGACUAAGGGGAAUGGCUACGACGGAUGACGACAUGGCCUGGACUGCAAACUCGGACUGAGUUACUGGUUUAUAUUUCUGCCCUUUUUUUUUUUUUAUUUUAUUUUAUUUUGGUGUUACUUUCUAUGUGGGGAUUGGUUAUACUUAGUCACAAAAACCUGAUUUUGCAUAAAAGUUCCUCGGAGCCUUUUUGGAAAAAUCUGGUUCCCCCAAGUGGUGAGAUGCUCCUACAACUGUUUUGACCAAGAGCGACUGUUUCAAAAUGUUCCCUUCAAGUCCUCAUUGUUUCAGAACGGCGCUUUCCCCUGCCCGCUCGCAUCACGUCGGCCCCUGAAGAGUUCAGUCAUCCAAUUCGGCUAUUUGGUGGGGUGGGAGGGUAUUGUGUCCAAAGAAAAUAUUCAAGUUGAACAAAUUGCGAGCGAGCAGGGGUGGCAAAAUUUUUGCAGACACUCGGCAGCCGUCUGCGGCCUGGCGGCCAGUCGGCAGUACUCCAGCUUGGUUUGGUUUUCAGGACCGGUCCAACAGGACGAGCGGAUGUAACGGGAUGCUGCCUACUGCCGGCGGCCGCCAUGUUGAGAACCUUAGAGACUGAGACAAAAGCAUCUUGCCCAACUCUACAAUUGGAUUUGUUUCGUAACCCAAUUGUCUCAUUCUUUAAGGUCAUUUUAAAUUGGGGGGGGGGGGGUGAAUUGGCUCACUUGCUGCCCUGAUGCACACAAAUCCUCCUUGAUAGUGGUGACAAAUUUAAAGCAAACUACACACCUUUUGUGUCCAAUUGGGCUCGGUGUCACUUUCUGUCCAGGAGGAUGCUGCUGAUGCAUUAGUACACUUUGGGAGGGGGGGCUGUUUACAAAUUUAUGGAAAGGGUUAACAAAAAAAAGUUUCCCUUAUUUUGAAUUAUGUUCUGUUUUUGCCCAAAAAAAAAUGUUCAAGUGGAAAACUCAAGAGUUUUAAGUUCUCUUUGUUUUUAUUUUCAUAAAAAUUUGGUCCUAAUUCAAUUGGCAGAAUUUUCAGUGAUGCAAAUUUUACAAAGUUGAGUUAAGAAAAACACAAAAAAUGUCUAUUAGGCUUAAAGAUUGAAAGUUUGGUUCAAAAUAAAGCUCACUGAAUUUAA